AAACCAGGAGAUUUUAACACAUAUAGAUCAUGAGCAAAACUAUAUCUGGGACCAUAUCUCUGUUUUCAUGUGUCUGUGCAGGCUACAGUGAACACGAUGAUGUAAUGUGACUUACGUCGUGUGUAAAUCUGUGUAUGUUUAGUCACUCUAAGAACUCCAAAAUCCUUAAAAACUCAAAUGACCACAAAUUCUGCCAGAAGAUAUCCUUGUGGUAAACUUGAAAAUAUUUGAAUAACAAUGUAAUGCUUCCUAAUAUCCUGCUGAUAAACACAGCUGGAUUAGUGUUGAACUCUAAUUGGCUGAACUAGAUCGUUCAGCUCAAUAAAAGGCUUUGGAGAUCUAUACUGUACUGUACAUGGCAGAGCAAAUCACUACUGGAGCGAUAAACAGAUUGCAAGAUGAAGAACUUUGUUAUAACCAUUAUGGCUCUGACCGUAAUUGCUGAUAUCACCUCAGCAAAGAAGCUGCGUCUGAUCAAUGGUCUGAAUGGUGGUCUGGUUACUGGUGUAAAUGGAGUUAACCCUCUACUGGUGGGUGGUCUGAACCCACCCGUGCUCUCUGGUGGUCCUGCUGUUAUAGGACAGCCUCCAUUAGCACAGAUUCUGCCUGCUGCGGCUCUUCCUCCAUAUAUACUUCAGCAGCCACCUGUGGCCGCAGUUCCCUAUGGUCCCCUCAAUUUUGGACCUCAGCUGGCUUACCCUUUCGCUUCACCUAAUGGGGGUUUGCCAUAUUACAUUGGUGGGCCCCAGAAUCAACCAGCCAUAAUGCCUCCGCAGCAAGUUAUGGCUGGACAAGGCCCUACUGGAAAUAAUCAAGCUGUACCAUCAGGCUCACUAACUAGAUUUAAGCGCUCUUUUCUCAGAAGGACAACUGCAAGACCACCUGUCUCAAUCACCCAGAUGCCAGCUCAGGUCAACCCUGCUGUGUCUGGAAAUCCUGUUGGGUAAAUUUGAGUGACGCAUACAGCUAAG